GUUGUCUCUAAGAAACAGAGGAAUAAUAUCAAACAAUGUUGAUGGCAAUGUGCACCCAAUUAGCAGGACCACACACGUUGACUCCACCACAAUGCCGUAUAAAGCCCCCAUCAAAAACAGUACAAAAAGUUCAAAAGACACACUCAAUGGCUCCUGAAAAAAAAGAAAUUUUCAAGUCAUUAGAGAGUUGGGUAUCACAAAAUGUGUUGCCACUAGCCAAACCUGUGGAGAAAUGUUGGCAGCCACAUGACUUGUUGCCAGAUUCAUCAUUGUCCGCAGGUGAGUUCACCGAUCAAGUUAAGGCUUUAAGGGAUCGAACGGCUGAACUUCCAGACGAUUACCUCGUAGUUUUGGUGGGUGACAUGAUCACGGAAGAAGCAUUGCCUACGUACCAGACAUGGAUAAACAAGUUAGAUGGAGUUGGGGACGAGAGUGGUUCAAGUCUCACACCAUGGGCUAUAUGGUCACGCUCUUGGACUGCUGAAGAAAAUAGACAUGGAGAUUUACUCAAAACUUAUCUAUAUCUCUCUGGUCGAGUUGAUAUGCAAAUGAUUGAAAAGACCAUUCAUUAUUUGAUUGGAGCCGGCAUGGAUUUGGGUACCGAAAACAACCCAUACAUGGGCUUCGUGUACACAUCAUUUCAAGAGCGAGCCACAUUUGUGUCACACAGCAACGUAGCUCGGUUGGCGAAAGAGAGUGGUGAUAUGAUACUUGCGCGCAUAUGUGGAACCAUUGCUGCAGAUGAGAAGCGCCACGAGAAUGCAUAUGUCAGGAUUGUAGAGAAGCUUUUAGAAGUGGACCGGACAGAGGCCAUGAUGGCCAUAGCAAAUAUGAUGCGGCGCGGGAUUAGAAUGCCCGCACACUUGAUGCAUGAUGGGCAAGACCCACACCUCUUCGACCAUUUUUCUGCAGUUGCACAACGUAUUGGCGUGUACACAAGCAAGGAUUAUGCUGAUAUUUUGGAUUUUUUGAUUGGACAAUGGAAAUUGGAGAAGCUCGAGGGUUUGACAAGCGAGGGACAACGUGCACAAGAGUUCGUGUGUGGACUUGCACCUAGAAUAAGGAGACUGCAAGAACGUGUUGAUGAGCGAGUAAACAAGAUGAGCCAUAAAUUCACUUGGAUCUUCAAUAAAGAGGUGUCCUUGUGAGUUUUAUGGCCUUCUCUUUUUUUGUUGACAAUUUUAUGGCCUCCUCUUAAUGUGUGUUGUGAUCCAAAAUUAUUUCGUAAAUAACACUUGUGAGAGUGUUAGUCUUAUCAAUUGUUUGUACUAUUAAAUACUUCCUCCGGUCCUUGUCAUAAGAAGAAGUUUACUUUUUAGAUUUAUAGAAAGUUAGAUUUAUCUGGUCCAGAAUAUAGAUCAGAUACAUCUAAUAUUCUAUGAAUCUAAAAUAUAAAUUUUUUCUUAUAAUAAGGACCGGGGAGAGUAACUAUUUAUCUCUCUCUUACCUGGCCAACACUUUGCAAUCCCAAAAUCACAUAUCUAUUAGGAUUUACCUUAUUUUGGAUUAAGUCAAUUGGGCUGACUUUGUUACUUGUUGUACAAGCAAUCAGGCUCAAUUGAAUUCUUGCUUGUAUUUGCCUAUAUGAGAGGCACACCUUUGAAUGUUAUGUUAAUGAGAAUCACCUUACAAUAUCAUUUACAAU